AUGGAUAACGAGAAAGGAAUCGUGAGAGAUGUGAAGUUACAGGCCGUGCUAGUGGGGUGUAACUAUCCAGACUAUCCGGAGGGUGAUGGUAGGCUCAAUGGUUGCAUAAAUGACGCAAAGAUGAUGAAGAAGAUGCUGAUUGGCCGAUUUGGGUUCGACCCGAAAACGAUUAUGGUGUUGACGGACAAACCAGGGAGUAAGAAACUAAGAGCCACUGGUCAGAAUAUAAAGAUUCAACUCGGUAAUAUGAUCGCCAAAGCCCUACCUGGAGAUCGGCUCUUCUUCUUCUUUGCGGGUCAUGGGACUUCUUUCCCAGAUGAACACAAUGAGAAUUUAACAAGGCAUGCCAUAGUGGCUUGCGACGACAAUAACAUUACUUGUAUGGACUUCAGGCAUUAUGUGAACCAUUUACCGAAAGAUGCAACGCUGACUAUAAUAGCUGAUUCGUGCUACAGUGGUGGACUUAUUGACCAAGAGCCUGUGCAGGUUGGGCUGCUACCCUACAAUAAUCCUAGGAUUAAUAAUGAAGACAGCAACUAUAAACCUAGGAAGCUCCCUUACGAAGUGUAUCUUGCACAGCUGUCGUCCAAGUCAGGGCUAAACAGUCCGGACAUUGGGGUACACUUGGUCAAAUUGUUCGAUUCGGAAGCCAGCAUCUUGUUCAGGCUGCGUCCAGAUCAGCAUCCGAAGCCGCUGAAAGCCGACCAGGGAAUUCUACUGAGCGGCUGUGAACCUAAUGAGUUAACUUCUGACGAACCCGCAGAUAAAAAUGGUCCUGCCGGUGGGGUUUUUACUAAAACUGUCGCAGCGAUUGUCAAUGGACACCCUGCACCUAUUACAAACAAGAAUUUGGUUAUCAGGGCCAGGCGCAUUUUGGGUAACCGGAAGAAAGAUCCGCAGCAUCCGUGUCUUUACUGUAGCAGAAAAAACGCGGAUGCUGUUUUCCUUCGCAAAGCGUCCCCUGGUCGGGCUGAAAUUUGUGAAACAUCGGAAGAUCGUGUGGUUGAGGAAUGA